AUGGAAAACUCAUCCGAGCAGGCUUUCUUCGCCAGAAUAAAAUUGAGAGACUUCUUGACAAACAUAUGGAGUCAAUUGGUUCGUCCCUCCUUGGACCAUGCUAUCCAUCGUUACGAGACUAACCCGGUUGCUGCAGGCGCAUCACGGCUAUCUCUGUCGACAAUUACCUCGGAAGAACUAUGGCGCCGCAGCGGUAGAUUAGAUCAUGUCUCUUCAGAACUUUUCCGCUUGACUGAUCGAAAGCAAGUCCCCAUAAUACUGUCACCCACGCAUGAGGAGGAGAUCACAACACUGGUGGCUGGCGCAUUGAAAUCGUUUAAAGACUUGCCUUUGCGUCUAUAUCAGACUACUAGAAAGUACCGAGACGAGAUGCGUCCCCGCCACGGACUGCUGCGUUCUCGGGAGUUUAUUAUGAAAGAUCUGUACACAUUUGAUACAUCAUUUGAAUCAGCCAUUGAAACAUACAAAUGUGUCUCUAAAGCAUAUCGUGCCUUUUUUGCGGAUAUGAAAAUCCCCAUUCUGGUUGCUGAGGCAAGUUCAGGAGACAUGGGGGGCGAUUAUAGCCACGAGUAUCAUCUGGCACAUCCUAUUGGAGAAGACAGAGUCAUUUCAUGUGAUUCUUGUGAAUAUACUGCUAAUGAUGAAGUUGCAACGGCACGAUUAUCCGAUCAUUCUCGUCAGACUUCUCCGCCGCUGGCCAUCACACAGGCAGACAUUGGCGUAUGGCGUGGUGUCACCAAAGAUCGCACGACACUGAUCAAUGCCUGGUAUCCCAUCAAGAGUAGCCAUGGCACUGGCACAGAAAUAAAUACACAUGCUGUGAAAGAACUCAUCGCAGAGUUAGAUACAAGUGUCAACGAUCCCGUUCACUCUUGGAAGGACACCGCGGCUGCCAGAAAGGAGGGGAAGAACACGCGCCCUCGAAUUAUCAACGUUAUUGACUUUAGAUUGGAAACUGUUUAUAGUCAGUUGAAGGAAAGACUGCCCUUGAUUCCGGGCUCUGCCCAAAGCGCCGAGCCAUUAUCUCAGUCAGACAUCAAUGCCUCACAACAUGGAGAGCCACUGAAUCUGGUACGGCUGAUGGACGGGGAUAGCUGUCCCCGAUGUGAAGCUGGUUCACUUCGAAUUCACCGGGCAUUGGAGCUAGGCCACACGUUUUACCUCGGUUCCCGCUACUCAAAACCCUUCGAGCUAUCCGUUACUCUUCCAAACUCCAAGGCUCCUGUCCCAGUGGAAAUGGGAUGCUACGGGAUUGGUGUAUCGCGAAUCUUUGGUGCAGUGGCUGAACACAAAGCGGACGAGCGAGGCCUCAAUUGGCCCAGAGCGAUUGCCCCAUUCGAGAUUGUGGUCAUACCAACAUCUGGGGUAAACUCUCAAACCCUGGAGUUCCAUGACAAGCUCACCAGUUGGUCGAGUACUGGGCCAGGGUUCGAUGCAGUCUUGGACGACCGUAAGGAGACAUUCGGCUGGAAAAUGCAGGAUGCCGACAUGACUGGUUACCCUGUUACUAUUGUUCUCGGAAAGGCAUGGAGAGAAAGGGGAGUAUGCGAAGUACAAUGCAGGAGCUUGUCCUCGAAGGAGAAUAUUACUGUUGCGGAUCUGCCAGCACAUUUGAAUGGUUUACUCUCGCAAUUGUAA